AUGCAGGAUCCAAAGAUACGGAACGUGGUGCUGAUCGGUUCGCAAGGUUCAUUGGAGGAGAAGACUGUAACAGUAUGUUACGGCGCCGACUUUGUCAACGUCACCUUCGUGAACUUUUGCUGCACCAGAAAGGACAUCGCUCAGAUGUGGACCGAGGAACUGUUUGCGCUCGCUUACAACCUGAAUCAGCUGAAUAAUCCAACCAUCAAAUUCCUUGAAAAGCUGCACACGAAGAUAGUCCUUAAGGCGGACAAGUCGGGAAAAAUACUUGUAAAAAAUAUAGUCCGACUGUUCGCCCAGAACAAAGAGGAUAAAAAGCGAGUGGAGAAAGCGCUGAGUGAGUCUGGCCUGCCGACUGGCAAGAACGACACCAUCAGCCAGUCCAAGUUCCAUUUUGAAGAUUUUUUCGCCUUCUAUAAAAGUCUUACGCAGCGAACCGAAGUACAGAAGAUCUUUAAUAGUCUAACCGACAACAAGCCCCACUUGUCGGCCAACCAGUUGGUCGACUUCCUGAACGACGUGCAACGGGACCCACGACUCAACGAGAUAUUGCAUCCGUACGCAGACAUCCAGCGCGCUAAGGACCUCAUUAAAACCUACGAGUACAAUAAGUAUCAUCAACAGAGAUCACAGCUGACCUUCGACGGAUUCCUCAGAUUCCUAAUGUCCGAGGACAACCCGAUAGUGGCGCCCAGCAAGUUGGACCUGUGCGACGAUAUGGAGCAGCCGCUCGCGCACUAUUUCAUCAACAGUUCGCACAACACCUACCUCACCGGUCACCAGAUCACCGGCAAAUCCAGCGUCGAGAUUUAUAGGCAGAGUCUGCUCGCUGGAUGCAGAUGCGUGGAAUUGGACUUCUGGAACGGCCGCACGGAAGAGCCGGUUAUAGUUCACGGGUACACGUUCGUGCCGGAGAUAAGCGCGCGCGAAGUCCUGGAGGCGAUCGCCGAGAGUGCUUUCAAGACGUCCGACUACCCGGUUAUCUUGAGUUUCGAGAACCAUUGUAAUCCUCGACAGCAGGCCAAGAUCGCCAACUACUGCAGGGAUAUCUUCGGUGAUAUGCUACUCGAUCGUCCACUCGACUCACAUCAACUCGAACCAGGAGGAGAACUGCCGCCACCAUCACUGCUUCGCCAUAAGAUAAUUAUUAAGAACAAGAAAAAGCAUCACCACCACCAUAAGAAGGAAGGCUCUGUAGGAUCGGAAGACGUUGAGGCACGUGAACAAGCACCCUCGCAAGGAAACGGCGAAAUUGCGCAUGGACCGGGUUCAAAGGAGUCGUCCGAAUCUUCGGAAUCCGAGUCCUCGUCGGGCGAGGAGGAAGGUGAUGUCCCCGGGGAGGGCGCCGGCGUCGGGGCGCCCGGCGUCGCGCCGGAGACGCACGCGGCCGCCGAGAUAUCCGCGCUCGUCAAUUACGUGCAGCCCGUGCACUUUAGCUCCUUCGAGAAUGCCGAGAAGAAGAAUCGCUUCUACGAGAUGUCCUCGUUCGACGAGAAGCAGGCCACCACACUGCUGAAGGAACGGCCCAUAGAGUUUGUCAACUACAACAAACACCAGCUCUCUCGAGUCUAUCCGGCGGGUACGCGCUUCGAUUCUUCAAAUUUUAUGCCUCAGGUAUUCUGGAAUGCGGGUUGCCAGCUGGUGGCGCUCAACUUCCAGACACUGGAUCUCGCGAUGCAGCUCAAUCUUGGCGCAUUCGAGUACAAUCGGCGGUGUGGUUACAUAUUAAAACCGGAAUUUAUGCGGCGGAAGGACCGCAGGCUGGACCCGUUCGCGGAGAGUACGGUGGACGGUAUCAUCGCCGGCUCACUGGCGGUGACGGUGCUGUCGGCGCAGCUGCUGACGGACAAGCGCUGCGGCACCUACGUGGAGGUGGACAUGUUCGGCCUGCCCGCCGACACCGUGCGCAAGAAGUUCCGCACCAGGGUCGUGCCCAACAACGCCAUCAACCCCGUCUACGGAGACGAGCCGUUCGUCUUUAAGAAGGUAGUGUUGCCCGAGCUGGCGAUGCUUCGAAUUGCCGCACACGAAGAGAGUGGACGGCUGCUGGGUCACCGCGUGCUGCCCGUGCUGGGACUUCGGCCCGGAUAUCGCCAUGUCAAUUUGCGCACAGAGCUUGGUCUGCCGUUGCCAGCUAGCGUAUUGUUGCUUGUUGUCGUUAAGGACUACGUGCCGGACCGGCUGUCGGAGCUGGCGGAGGCGCUGGCCAACCCGAUUAAGUACCAGAGCGAGCUGGACAAGCGCGAGCACCAGCUGGCCGUGCUCACCGACGACACGGACGAGCCGCCCGCGCCCGACGACGCGCCGCACCUCGCGCCGCGACGACCAGCAUCGAUCAAACCGGAGGGUACACUAGACACAAGUCCAAAUAAGGUGGGAAUGGGACUCGAUAUGAGGAAGUCCCUCGACAUGGAUACCACGGUGCCAUCACCCGCACUUACCUCUGUUCCUGCGCCGCAGCCAUUAGAUGAUAAGUUUUCGAGAGAGGAGAAGGAGAAGGAGAGCAACGGAUCAUCAGAGGCGGCGUUGGGCGCAGCGUUGGCAGCGCUCCUGGAUUCGAAGCCGGCGCGAGACAAACGAGCGGAACUGGCGCGCAAGCUGGAGCUACUGCGCCGCAAACGUGACCGUCCCUUGUCUAAAUUCUUCCGCAGGGGGCUCUCCUCUAGAAACAUUAGCGGCGAUGCAAACUCGAGUGGAACAGGCUUGGCGUUGGCGGGCAGUGGGAGCGGAAGCGGGAGCGGAAGUGGAAGCGGGGGCGGCGGCGGGGGCGCGGGCUCGGGCGGUGAGGACAGCAGCGAGGCGGCGGAGCGCGAGCUGCGGCUGCGCUACCACCACGCCAUCUACGCCACGCUCGACAAGAUACUCAGCGCCGAGCAACGCCACCAGAUGAAAGCGCUCACGGAUAUGUUAGAAGCAGAAAAGAAGGAGAUACUAAAUAAACUUGCGAAUUCGAGGAAAGAAGAUGUGAAGGCAUUAGCCAAAAAGACUAACAGAGACAAGGAUGAAAUACUCAGAAUUAAAAGAGAGAUACAUUCACAGUCGGUGGAGCGCGGCGUAGCGGAGUGCUCGCGGCUAGAGCUGGCGUACGCGCGGCGCCGUGAGCAGCUGGCUCUCACGCAUGAGCGCCUGCGCACUAUGCUGCACAAGCACCGCGAGCAGGUGAGUGCUGCGAGCAGCGAGAAGCUGGCGCUCACGAACGAGCGCCUGCGUGCAAUGCUGCACAAGCACCGUAAGCAGGUGAAUACUGCGAGCAGCGAGUAG